AUGGCAUUCAAGUUUAACAUGCUUCUUUGUAUGGCCAUGGUUGCAUCCAUGGCAUUCCAUAGCUCGGCACAGGUAUUUACGCAUGUGGUAGGAGAUACCGCGGGAUGGAAUAAACCUUCCAUCCCGACCCUGUAUGCUGACUGGGCGGGCUCGCAAAUCUUUGAAGUAAAUGACAUAUUGAAGUUUAACUUUAAAACCGGAGAAGAGGAUCUUGGAGAAGUCUCUAAGCAAGGAUAUGAUCAAUGCAACAACCACGGCCUUGUCAACUACAUCAAAGAAGGUCCUGCUAACAUCACUUUGACCGAACCUGGACCACAUUACUUCGUUUGUUUGGUUGGAGAUCAUUGUGAAGCUGGUCAGAAAUUAAAUCAAAUGAAACGUUUUGCCAACAAAGCUAAAAUAUAUAACAACUAG